GAGAGCGAAUGUGGUUUGGGGUUUUUUAAAUGCGAACCAGGCGCGCAGUGAGAGGAGAAGGAGAGCGAGUGAACAUCGAGGGAGCGCUGUACAAUAAAAGCACUCUUUCAUUUCGCCUAUGUGUAUUUUGGAGUGAACUUUUGCAGUCCAAGGAGAAAACGCCAGAGAACUAAAAUCUAAAGAGAGAAUGGAUAAACGAAAAGAGGAGCGCAUUUAAAUCUGAAGCUGAGUCCGGAUCUUUUUAAUUAGCAUUAAUAUUCCACAUUUAUUUUCAGAAAUUAUUAGGUCAACAUAUACAAAUAUUUCGUGCCAUGGUAAUAUCGGAGCAUAGACACACAAAGAAAGGUGAGCAAACAUUAUGAAACAGUACGGGCACGCUUACGCAGCUAGGUUACCUUCGCCACUUUAACUGUUUAGUUUUGACUGAAAUAGGCAAAAAAAAAUUAACCUGCAUGCAACAGCCUCUGGCUUUGAUGUUUCGAGCAGCAAUCGUGUAACGGGAUUCUUGUACAGAGCUCGUGCGCUCGCACCGCAGUAAGCGAAUCAGGCUUCAGUUUGGAGAUGCAGGUGUAGGUUUUGCGCUAGAAUGCAAGUGGAAUGCACACCUGAAAUGAAAUAGAAAAGUUCGGAUACAACUAGUGUAGUUUUGUAUGAAACCAGGUAAAAGUUUAUUAUUAUUAUUAGUAUGCCUAUUUUUGUAUUGUGAUAAUUGAACUUGUCAACGGCUGAUAAGCAUAUUUAAAAUGCGAUCAAUUGAUUUUAACUAAAUACAUCGCAGUAAAUGCGUGAACAAGAUAUUACCAGGGGAAUUAUUAAAAUCGAAGGACCUACGCGAAGUUAAGUUAAACUUGAUUUCUCCUUUUGUAUCCAUUACCAGCUACUGUUCAGAUUCAUUUUAAACCUCUUCAAGUAACUCAGCAAAUUUACUGGCGAAAGUAGGGAUAACACUUGGUAGCUUUUAUUUGUUACAAUCGCGUAGUCUGUAGCCUACAUUAAUUUAUUAAUGCAAUGCCUUUUAUGAGAAUGUGAUGCCAGUAAUUGUAUAUCUGGAGUACGCGAGGGAAAGUUAUGCCACUGGAACUGCAUUUAAACGGAGCCCAAAGGAAUUAGACAAGUAAAAAGCGCGCGUGAGCGGGCGGGUGUUAUGCCGAAUGUACUGCAUUUAAACGGAACCCCUGGGAAUUAAAGUGAAAAAAGAGCGAAUCAGCAAGAGAGAGAAAACCACCUUGUAUACAUGGAGUUUCGCGGAUUCCUGUUUCUCCUGAAGUCGAUGGUACUUCUAAAAGGGUUGUGUCAGUGUUUCAAUGUCGAUGUGAAAAGGCCCCGGAUCUUUACUGGACCAGAAGAUGCGUUAUUUGGCUUCUCGGUGCUGCAGCAUGAGGUUGAAGGCGAGAAAUUGAUGCUGGUUGGAGCGCCCUGGGACGGGCCAGCCAAUAGCAGGAAGGGAGACAUCUACAAGUGCACCGUGGCUGAGGAAAGGAGCUCCAACUGCACUAAAGUCAAUCUGGGGGAGACGGCCUUCCAGAACGUGUCUCGGAAUCUGAAGAACUCCCACCUGGGGAUGACCCUGAGCCCGGACUCCCCGGAUGGCUUCCUGGCAUGCGCCCCCUUGUGGUCACAGGAGUGCGGCACCUCGGUGUUCAGCACGGGCAUCUGCGUUUCCGUCAGUGACGACAUGGAGCCCCGGAAGACCAUUGCACCUACUGCACAAAGAUGCACCACCUUCAUGGACAUAGUGAUUGUGCUGGACGGCUCCAACAGCAUCUACCCCUGGUAUGAAGUGCAGAACUUCCUCAGCAACAUUCUCAGCAAGUUCCACAUCAGCCCUGAACAAAUGCAGGUGGGGGUGCUGCAGUACGGAGAGGUUUCGGUGCACGAGUGGUCUCUCAGGGACUAUCAGACGACGCAGGAAGUGGUGGAAGCCGCCAAGAACAUCAGCCGCCAGGAGGGGAGAGAGACCCGCACUGCGUACGCCGUCCACAUGGGCUGCACGGAGGCGUUCAGUCCUGAGAGGGGUGCCAGGGAAGGAGCCACCAAGGUCAUGAUCGUGGUGACAGACGGGGAGUCACAUGACGGGGAGGAGCUUCCUGAGGCCCUGGCAGAGUGUGAGAAGCGGAACAUCACUCGAUACGCCAUCGCUGUCCUGGGACACUACAUCCGAAGGCAGCAGGACCCAGAGACCUUUAUCAACGAGAUCAAGUACAUCGCCAGCGACCCCGACGAGAAGUACUUCUUCAACGUGACGGACGAGGCGGCGCUCAACGACAUCGUGGACGCGCUGGGGGACCGAAUCUUCAGCCUGGAGGGUACGCUGGGCUACAACGAGAGCUCUUUCAAGAUGGAGAUGUCACAGAUCGGGUUCUCCACACACAUCAUGGAUGAUGGGAUCCUGUUUGGGAUGGUGGGGGCGUACGACUGGGACGGGGGGGUGCUGAAGGAGAGCAGCGAGGGGCGUAUCAUGCCCCCACGAGAGGCUUUCGAGAAGGAGUUUCCCCUGGAGCUGAAGAACCAUGCUGCUUACCUGGGUUACACCGUUUCCUCAGUAGUGGUAAAGCAGGGGAGAAGGCUGUACAUCGCUGGAGCUCCGCGCUUUAAGCACAAGGGCAAAGUGAUCCUGUUUGACCUCAAGCCCAAUGGAGACGUCAUCAUCACACAGGCCUUGAACGGAGAACAGAUCGGCUCUUACUUCGGAAGCGAGGUGUGUGCGGUGGACGUGGACCAGGACGGGACGACGGACGUCCUUCUGGUGGCCGCACCCAUGUUCCUGGGGGCCGGAAACAAGGAGGCCGGACGGGUGUACGUGUACACCCUGAAUAAGGUGCUCUUCAUUGCCAACGGGACCCUGCAAUCGCAGCGCAAGGCCCAGGAUGCCAGGUUUGGCUACUCCAUGGCGACAGCCCCCGACCUCAACCACGACGGCUACACCGACCUUCUGGUGGGAGCGCCGCUGGAGGACGGCCACCGGGGGGCGCUCUACAUCUAUCAUGGACUGGGGAACAAUAUUAUCCCUCUGUACAAGCAGCGUAUCUCAGGGCAGGCUCUGUCCCCGAGCCUGCAGUAUUUCGGGCGGAGCGUGAGCGCCCGGUUGGACCUGGACGGGGACAGGCUGCUGGACCUGGCGGUGGGGGCGCAGGGGAGCGCCGUGCUGCUCAGCUCUCGCGGUAUCGUGCAGAUCAACAUGAGCCUGUCCUUCCAGCCGCACUCCAUCAACGUGAUCCAGAAGAACUGCCAGAGGGGGACGCGGGACUCGGCCUGCCUCAACGCCUCCGCCUGCUUCCUGGCCCUCUCCCGCUCCCCCGGCUCUCACGGGACCCAGUUCGAGCUGCAGGUGGGGGCCAUGCUGGACGACAGGAAGCUGUCGGCGCGGGCGCUCUUCGACAACAACUCUCAGCGGCAGACGCUGGUCGGGGCGCGGGUGCGGGUUGGGGAGCUCGUCUGCCUCACGCUGCCCUUCCACGUGUUUGACACAGCGGACUAUAUCAGGCCCAUUGGCUUCUCCCUGCGCUUCAAGAUCAACGACACAGAGAGCGGUCCGGUGCUGGACGAGGGCUGGCCCACCACACUCAAGAAAUUUAUCCCUUUCUUUAAGGACUGCGGAGAGGAUGACGUGUGUGUGACAGACCUUGUGCUUCAAGCAAGCAUGGACAUCUCUGGGACAAGACAGCAGCCCUACGUGAUCCGCAGCUCCCGCCGGCGGCUGGCGGUGGAGGUGCAGCUGCACAACCGCCUGGAGAACGCUUACAACACCAGCCUGACCCUGCAGUACUCCCGCAACCUGCACUUCUCCAGCCUCAGCAUCCGGGAAGACUCCCAGUUUAAGAUCGAGUGCACCGCUGUCGGCGCGAACAGCCACUCGUGUAACGUCAGCUACCCCGUCUUCCGCUCCCAGUCCAAGGUCAAAUUCAUGCUGGAGUUUGAGUAUAGCUGCACCUCCCUGCACAACAAGGUUCAGAUGAAGCUCAUAGCUGCCAGUGACAGUGUGGAGAGGGAGAACACAUUACAGGACAACAGCGUUCACCUACAGAGUGUUGUACAGUAUGAGCCUGACCUUUUCAUUUCCAGCGAAUCCAAUCUGAACCGGUACGAAGUCCACCCGACCCGUACCGUGUCUGAGGGAACUGGACCGGAGUUCUACACCAACUUCAGGCUGCAGAACCUGGGCUGUUACUCGGUCAGCAACCUGGAGCUCAGGGUCCUCCUGCCCGCCGUGGCGUCUGGAGACAGGGUCUUCAUGUUAAUCACCGACGCCAGCUCACACAACGCCUCAGGGGUGAACUGCAGCGUUCUGAGUGACCUUCCCCAGCUGAAGAGCGCGCAGAGAGACGUCCGUCCCCUUCACCCCGAAGACAUGCAGCAGAUGGACCAGCUGAACUGCAGCAGGGCGUGGUGCGUGGAGGUGCUGUGCCAGGUCCGGCAGCUGCUCCGGGGCCAGGAGGCCCUCGUUCGCAUCACCCGGAGGGUUCAGGACCACUUCUUCAGACAGGCCAAGUUCAAAGCAGUCAGGAUCGUGAGCGCCUACAGCCUCGGUGUGCAGGAGUCCAACCUGGUCACGCUUGGCAACAGCGCCAUCUGGGGGGAGACGACGCUGGAGGUGCUGAAAGGCCGCUCCAUCCCCAUCUCCCUCUGGAUCCUCAUCGGCAGCAUCAUCGGAGGCCUGCUGCUGCUCGCGCUCAUCAUAUUCAUUCUGUGGAAGUUGGGGUUCUUCACCAGAAAACAGAGGAAGGAGGAAGACCAGAAUGAUGAAGAUUGAAAACCAUCACUUCAAACAUUCAAAACUGUAUCCAUGGUGACCAAUGCCUUCCAUCAGUCGCCAAUACGGCCUGCUCACUACACCUCUCCAAAUCCCCCCAAAAAGCACAAACUCUCCAGUACAGCUGACUCAAAGACUGUGUUUCGAAUAUCAACACAGCUACUGUGCAGGCUCACUAAAGUUACAUAAGUGAGCAGUGGGAGGCUGCACUAAUGAAAAGACUAUCUGUAUCAUGGAAACUGGAGUACCAACUCUCUAAAAACCAAUACAUCUAUUUAAUAUGCAGAAACGUUGAAUAAAGUCUGAGAAUUA